GAGGCUUCCAGAAAGUGCGAGGGCGGUUGCGCAGGGAAGUGGGAAGGCGGUUGGUUGGAUGCUAUUCGGUUUACAUAAUCCAAACAUUUACUGUGAUUUCUUUAAUAGACCACGCGCUAUAUACCCACAUAAUUAAAACAUUAAACAUUAUUAUUGUGUGGACUAAGUCAGUUAAGGUUCCAUUGUUUUCAAAGGGAGAGCUGGGAAAAAAGCAUAGUCGAGGUGCGCGGCUGCAGAAACAUUCAUCUGCAUCUUCCCCGGACAGUCAGUCAGUCGAUUGCGGUGCUGCUGUACGUGAUUGAGGGAGCCCUGCCCUGCUGCACACGCCCGCAGCUCACUCACUGCAGACGGGAUUUGCAAACACUGUAGCCAGAGAAUGAGCGCUGAGGAGAAUCCCGCUGCUGAACCUGCGCCCGUGAUCGACGUGCAGGGAGACGGACGCUGGAUGUCACAGCACAACCGGUUUGUGCAGGAGUGCAAGGAUGCGGAGCCCGAUGUUCUGUUUGUGGGGGACUCAAUGGUGCAGCUUAUGCAACAGUAUGAGGUGUGGAGGGAACUCUUCUCACCUCUCCAUGCUCUGAACUUUGGGAUUGGUGGAGACACAACCUGUAAUGUGCUGUGGAGACUACAGAAUGGAGAACUGGAGAACAUCAGUCCCAAGGUGGUGGUUUUAUGGGUAGGAACCAAUAAUCAUGAGCACACUGCUGAUCAAGUUGCAGGAGGAAUACUGGCCAUUGCACAGUUACUUCUUUCUCACCUCCCCAAGUCCAAAAUUAUUGUUUUGGGCCUGUUGCCAAGGGGAGAGUUUCCUAACCCCCUGCGAGAGAAAAAUGCAUCAGUGAACAAUUUACUCCGCGCGUCUCUUCCUCGACUCGGCCCUGUUCAGUUACUUGAUGUGGGAGGUAGUUUUGUCCACUCAGAUGGGACUAUUUCCUCUCGAGACAUGUUCGACUUCCUGCAUCUGACCGCUGGUGCGUACAGGACCAUAUCGACGACUCUCCAUGAGCUGCUGCUUCAACUGUUGGAGGAAACGCCUCAGGAGAGGCGGGCCUCACUGGUUUAAGAAGGGCACCACAUUGGUCAAUCACUGGAGAGGCAGGGUUAAGAAAUGUUGGAUAUUUAAAAUGUACUUAAAAUACUUCAUUUAACAAAACAAAGAACAGUGCAAAAAGAACAGCAAACAAGGGGAUGUAAGACAGUGGCCAAUUUUAUAUAAAAAGUAUAAACUGUGUAUUUGUAUCUAAGAUGCAUAAUAGACAACAGUAGGAGAAUGAAGAAUAUAUAAGAAAUAUUUGUGACAAGAAAUAGUUUUUCUUAGGGAAUGUUGCUUUGCAGUGGGACCGGAAUCUCUUCAAAAUCCCAUUGUCACAGUCUAAACAACCUUUAAUAGUAGCACUUACUCUGCCAGCUUCUCCGUGCCUUCAUACAUGCACUCGGUCACGCUCACUGCGGUGUUAUGAUGACAGCUACAUGAUUCAGUUCACACAAGAGAAAACAUGCCUUUGAAAUAUCUGCUUAUGUCUUAUUCCCAUUCCCAAGGUUUUUUUUUUUUUUUUUUUUUUGUGGCACAGAAGCAUCUGAAACUUUCUCUUUCGCCCUUUCAUAUUCCCAAUAACACAAAUAUGAUAUAUUAGAGUAAGAAUGGAGUGGUCAAACCAAAUCAUUCCUUGUGUGUGUGUUUGUGAGUCUGCUCCUCGUUUUAAGCAUCUAAUGCACAACCACAAGGUUUCCAGUGUUAAUUUUUAUCUCCGUUGCAUCCAUGUUUUUGUGACUGUGUCCAAGCGAUCUGUAAAAUAUUAUGUGAAGAGUUGAGUAUGAGUAUGGGCAAGAAGUGAUAUAUACAUUUUGUGUGUGUGUACUGUAUAUAUAUAAAUAUUAUCUGUUAGUAUUAAUGUACUAUGUGCAAGUGCUUAUGUAGCUGGUGCUGGUGUAUGUUUUUGUGUUUGAGUGUAAGAGAUCUAUAAGUAUUUGUAUGGUCCGCAAAGCGAACACUAUUACUGCAGCGCAACUGCCACAUGCUUCAGAUCCAAGCAUUCCAAUAAAUUAGCAGGGAUCUAA